AUAGUUGCUGAGGCCUGCCCCAUUUCUGCCUGGCAGGUCACCCUUCUGUGUUUGAGUGUCUGCAAGAGCCGUUGGCUGCUCAUGAACCGUUUGGCUCUUUCUCUUAGUAACCAACCUCACAAUCGCCCUCAAUUUCUCUUCUAUUUAGUUUUUUAUAAACAGUAUACAUAAUACAACCAUAACAUAACGCAUACUUGGGAAUUUACCUACCGAACAUCCGUCUCCAGGUGGGCUUAUAACGAGAAAUUACAACCAUAUUUAAAAAUAUAUGUUUGAAGAGUAAAUUCCACACAGCAGCAGAGCAGAGAAGGCACCUACUGUGAUCUGGAUCCUAAAGUUGUGGAUAGGUACUUUAGUACCCUGUGCCACUGAUGAACUUCUGAAGGGCACCCGGUUGCAAUGCUUGUGUCCUCUGUGGUGACCUCAUGGUUUAAGCAGGAGUAAAGAUGAGUAUAAGCAGUGAUGAGGUCAACUUCUUGGUGUACAGAUAUCUACAGGAGUCAGGGUUCUCCCAUUCAGCAUUCACUUUUGGUAUUGAGAGCCACAUCAGUCAGUCCAAUAUAAAUGGUGCCCUAGUGCCCCCUGCUGCUCUCAUUUCUAUCAUACAGAAAGGCUUGCAGUAUGUAGAAGCAGAAGUCAGCAUCAAUGAGGAUGGUACCCUUUUUGAUGGCAGGCCGAUAGAGUCUCUUUCUCUAAUAGAUGCCGUGAUGCCUGAUGUGGUACAAACCAGACAGCAAGCUUACAGGGACAAACUUGCACAGCAGCAAGCAGCAGCAGCCGCCGCCGCUGCUGCCGCCACAGCCAAUCAGCAAGGAGCUGCAAAGAAUGGGGAAAAUACUGCGAACGGGGAGGAGAAUGGAGCACAUGCCUUAGCAAAUAACCAUGCAGACAUGAUGGAGGUAGAUGGAGAUGUAGAUAUUCCUCAGAAUAAAGCUAUGGUAUUGCGUGGCCACGAGUCCGAAGUUUUCAUCUGUGCUUGGAAUCCUGUCAGUGACCUCCUUGCAUCUGGGUCUGGUGAUUCGACAGCACGCAUCUGGAACCUUAGUGAGAACAGCACCAGCAGCUCAACUCAGCUUGUACUCAGACAUUGCAUACGGGAAGGAGGACAGGAUGUACCAAGUAACAAAGAUGUCACUUCAUUAGACUGGAAUAGUGAAGGUACGCUGCUAGCAACAGGCUCAUAUGAUGGAUUUGCCAGAAUAUGGACUAAAGAUGGUAAUCUUGCCAGCACCUUGGGUCAGCACAAAGGUCCUAUUUUUGCUUUAAAAUGGAAUAAGAAAGGAAAUUUCAUUCUUAGUGCUGGUGUUGAUAAGACUACGAUCAUUUGGGAUGCACAGACUGGAGAAGCCAAACAGCAGUUCCCUUUCCACUCUGCACCAGCACUAGAUGUUGAUUGGCAAAGUAACAACACAUUUGCCUCAUGCAGUACAGAUAUGUGCAUCCAUGUCUGUAAACUGGGACAGGACAGACCCAUCAAGACAUUCCAAGGGCACACAAAUGAAGUUAAUGCUAUCAAGUGGGAUCCAACUGGUAACCUACUGGCAUCCUGCUCUGAUGACAUGACUCUAAAGAUAUGGAGCAUGAAACAGGAUACCUGUGUCCAUGACUUACAAGCGCACAACAAAGAGAUAUACACUAUCAAAUGGAGCCCAACAGGACCUGGCACCAACAACCCAAAUGCCAGUCUUAUGCUAGCAAGUGCAUCAUUUGACUCUACUGUUCGAUUAUGGGACGUAGACCGAGGAAUCUGCAUCCACACACUGACCAAACAUCAGGAACCUGUGUACAGUGUAGCCUUUAGCCCAGAUGGCAGGUACCUAGCCAGUGGCUCUUUUGACAAAUGUGUACACAUCUGGAACACACAGACGGGUGCUCUAGUCCAUAGCUACAGGGGAACAGGAGGGAUCUUUGAGGUUUGCUGGAAUGCAGCAGGAGACAAAGUUGGAGCAAGUGCAUCAGAUGGAUCAGUUUGUGUAUUAGAUCUUCGGAAAUAACGCUGCUAGUUGGAAGCCAUGGACCGACUAUGAAUGUGUACAUAGCCAAAAUGACUGUCCCUGCCCCAUGUACUGCUACAGUCCCAUCUGAACCAUGGCCAGUCCACUAGAGCCAAACAGACCCUGACAAAGUACACAGACCAGGGUAGGAGGGCUGAAUCCUGUCAAGAGCCUGUUUACUCGGAACAAGAACAUUUUCUACCCACAAAGAAAAAACACAAUAAAAAAGGGACUUACAUGAAUGAAGCAGAAUGAGGACCGUACCAAAUUUGAAAGAUAUAUGUUUUUCUUUUAAACCAUUCAAUACAAAACUUUGAUCUUGUUGGUAGAGCAGUUUGUGUGUGCAGACAUAUCGGCUUUCUUAAUCCUGUGGCAGUUAGUUACUUUCCUUUUUAAAUAUUCUGCAGUUUAGGUUACAGUUGCAUGAUUUUUUUCCCCUUCCUGUUCCUCAGACAGAAAACUGCUUAAAAAAAAAAGAAAGUCUGCUACUGUACAUUUAUGCGGUUCACAAAACAUUGUGGGGGGACUCCACAAUGUUUUCAUCAACGGUAGUUAUGAUGCUAUGGUUUUUCUGACAGCAGUUAAAUGCAGUAGGUUUUUUUUUGUUUUUUUUUUUUUUUUAAAAAGGGAACAUAAUUCUGCCGAACUAAAGGAUUAAAUAAAUAAAUAAAAUGGGCACAACAAUUUAGAUUAGAUGCUUUAUGCAUCAUUUUUCUUUGACCAUGCUUUAAGUAUGGUUGGAUUGUGCACUAUUGAUAUAACAAUAUAAUUAUAGAAAUAUUCAUUUAAAAAGAAAAAAAAAGUUUCUGGACAAAGGUUUUCUGAUCUAGCUGUUAAUAAACUGUAGAAGAGUCACUGAGUAACUAGAUUCCAGUAUUAAUGACUGAUACCUUUUUGGCAUUUAAAAAAUGCGUACAGGCCAUUAUAAAACCAAUAUGCCAUAGGGCAGAAAUCAUGGAGGUCCCUAUAUAAUUUGUUGUAAGGAAAGGUGAAGACUUGCUUUGAGUUUCCUUUUUUAAUGAUUCAUUCCCUGUAGGUUUAUGCAUUUCAAAUACGUGCUGGGUUCUACAUGUUCAGUUUUAAUGAGAUUACUUUGAUUUGUAAUGUUGUUAUAUGCUGUAGCCUUGCUAGCAUAAUGAGAUUUAACAUUCAACAAAAUGCUAAUUGGUUAUGAGAACUGGGUAAGGGUGGAGGUGGUUCUAGGGACUGCUGGCUUGUAUUGCUUUUGUUAUACCUUUGCUUCAACAAUCAAAAAUGCCUAGCCUUAUUCUAAAUUACCUUUCUGAGCACUGUAACUGUACUAUUUUUCUGCCUAGUCAUAUGUUUUUAAUUAACUUGUUUACUAAAGUCCUAAAAACUGGAAAUGAGUAGUUUGCUUUUUAAAAUGAAAAUUCCCUCCCAAUUAAGACAUCAUUGAUGCAAGAUUUUUUACUAUAUUAAGUUAAAAAACGACACUUAAAGCAAGUCUGGUUGUUGGGCAGGGGAAGAGUGUUUGGUAAAUGUGACAUGGAUCAACAUUGUAACUAUCAUCACAUGAUAUGAUUUUAUAUACUGCCCAUUUAUAAGGGUUGUUUUUAAUUGGAAUCUGUAUACAUUUCCAAACACAUUUUACAAUGUGUGUUACAUAUGUACAUUAUGUGAACAUUAAAGUCAUUUCCAUGCAAUAGCAAAAUUACCAUCUGGGAUAAUCACAAAAAUUACAAUGUCUUUAUAAAAUACCAUUCGGCAGUCGUCAUAGUUUAUUUUAUUUAUUUAUUUUUGAAAAUGAUUUAAUGUAAAAAAGAAUAAGCUGGCUUUACCCAUGUGGCAACAUAAGUAGAAUGGAAAAGUAACAAAAAUAUAGAUACAAGUAAUAACAAACUACAUUUCUACUGCUUGUGACGAGACUGUAUCUCAGGAGGAGAGCCAGAUGCAGUUAUUUAUCUGCUGUCGAUGUGCUGCUUAAAAAAACCCAUACUCUGUGUACUUGCUUAUCCAUUUGCGUUUAAUUUUAAAAAGACCUAGGUCUCAGUCAAAUGUGUCACUCCCAUGCUGUAAGCAACUGACUCUAGCCGCUAGUUACAUAUUAGAGGCAUCAAAGAGUUUGGAAGUUUCUAGUAUCCUUUAGUCUUAAGACUUCUGUGAAAAAGGUAAUACCGUAGUGGUUGCAAUCCAGUUCGGAGUAGACAGGGUUUAAUGCAACAACAAUGAACACUAAAUUAGACAGUCUCAGCUCAGGUUAAAAAGACUUGGGGCAUAGAAUGUGAAAUGUACAGUAUAUAGACCGAUGUAUCUGAAUGGCAUAAAGUGGUCCGGUUGAACUCUUAGGAUGCAGGGUUCUAUACCAUAACUGACCUUAAAAAAAAAAGUCUAGCUCCUAGUCCUUUAUACAUGCUGAGCACUAAAAAAAAUUACCAAAAAUAUUUAUAAAAUUAAAAAAAAGCCUUAUAAAGAACUUCUCGUUAUUCAAAUACACAUUUAUAUAAAUUAUUGUACACUUCUUUUCUGUACAUUUUAUUUUAUAGUUUACAGCUCAUACAUUUUAACUUCAGCACACUGUAAUUGAUUUAAGUAACAUCUGUGACAGUAGAAUGGUAUUUUAUAAAUCAGGUUUUAGUUUUGUUUUGAGAACCUGCCCUGGAGUCAAGUGUAUUUUUCCUAUUCUAUACCAAUGGAUUCCCAACUUUCUGGUGUGUAACACCAGCCCAUAAAAUUUUUUGUACUCUUUAAAUUGUUUUCUAGUUCUUAUUUCUUUGUCGCUGUUCAAGCAAAAAAUAAAAAAAAGGAGUACCAUAAUGUCCUGGACCAUGUAAAUACCACAUUCUAUAAUGUAUUUGGGUUCUACACUGCAUAAAAAAUUGCCCACGCCCACCAUUUUGAUUUAUAUUACUAAAAUCACAUCUUUUUGUUUUAGAUUCCCUUUGCAUUGUAUUGAUCUGACGGUUGUAAUUUGAAUCAGAUCUGAAGAGGUCCAGAAUAAAAUAUAUUUUGAUAUUA